AUGUUUACGAUUGACCACAACUAUGCCAUGGAAUGUGCUAGAAGGAUGGAGUCGCACAUCAGAGACGAGCAGCAGCUGGAGGUCGGCAGGUUAAGCUUUGAGGAGUCAAAAAAGGCUAUCCAGCAAGCGGAGAUUGGGAUCAAAGAAGGAAAGCGAAUGAAGAUGCGUGAGUGCUAUCCAAACCAUACACGGAUACUCCCCGGAUCCAAGUACUAA